UAAAUAGGAUUUUGGGGAUGGUGUGCCAGCAGUACCAUAUUGUAAUAAACUUUUUAACUAACAAAACGGGCAACAAAAUGCAAAUAAACAAUUGUUUGUGGGCUCAAUCUAUAAAGGUCACCGUUUCUGGGUUUGUUCUGUUCUCUUUAAAAAAAAAAAAUGCCAUGUGAUCUUGCUCAGCACCUCUCUCUCUCUUUGAUUGACUUCCGACGAAAGUCACCGGAGAAAAGGACGACCCAAUCCGAGUAGCCGGAAUCUGUCUUAGCCUGAUUGGACAAAACUCUGAGAAUUACCAUGAGCAGCGUUCCUACCACCGUGGAAACCGUAAAUGCUGCCGCCACCGCCAUUGUUACAGCUGAAAGCAGAGUUCAACCGUCUACGAUUCAGAAGAGAAGAUGGGGAAACUGUUGGAGCAUCUACUCGUGCUUCGGUUCAUGCAAAGAGAGCAAAAAAAUCGGGCACGCAAUCCUUGUACCGGACCCACCAUGCCCACCUAUAAGCGUACCAUCGAUUUCCGAAAAUCGAAACAAUUCCUCAAACUCAUCAUCCAUUGUUCUCCCCUUCAUAGCCCCUCCUUCUUCCCCUGCCUCUUUCCUCCAAUCCGACCCCCCCUCUGCCACAUACUCACCUGGCGGGCCCAGUCCCGGGCCCAGGCCCAUCUACGCAAUCGGGCCCUACGCCCACGAGACCCAACUAGUCUCCCCGCCCGUUUUCUCUACCUUCACCACCGAGCCAUCGACUGCUUCCUUCACCCCUCCUCCAGAGCCGGUGCAAAUGACGACUACGCCCUCGUCCCCGGAGGUUCCGUUUGCCGAGCUUCUGUCCUCGUCAUUGGCUCGUAAAGGGAAGAAUAACUGGAAGUUCUGCUUGUCUCAGUACGAAUUUCGGCCCUAUCACUAUCCCGGAAGCCCUGGGGCCCACGUGAAGUCCCCAGGGUCGGCCAUUUCGACUUCCGGGACCUCGUCUCCCUUUUUUCCCAAGUUUCUCGGCUAUGAACAUUAUAAAUGGGACUCGAGAGUCGGCUCUGGGUCGUUAACGCCCGGUUCGAGGCUCGACUCGGGUGCGUUGACGCCUAGCGGCGAAAACAAAGCUGUUGUCGAGAAUCGAGUUUUUCGAGUGGUGUCGGAAGUCAAGCCGCAAAACGAGGAUUUGGUCGAUCACCGUGUCUCGUUCGAGCUUUUCGGGGAGGAGAUUCCGACUUGCGUCGUGCGGGCCCCGUCCCUUAAGAAUGGGUCGGGAUAUGAAAUUGUGAAGGAGUUUUCGGGUUCGAGGAAUGAAGAAGAUAGUUUGAGAGAACAUUGUAAUGGGGAGGAGGAGUUUCACCAGAAGCACCGUACGAGCUCACUAGGGUCGAGCAAGGAUUUCAAUUUCAAUAAUGAAAAGGGGCAAGUGUGUGAAAAGUCGACCGUCGAUUGUGAGUGGUGGACGAGCGAGAAAGACGUGAAAAAGGAGUUGGGCCCGAGAAAUAGCUGGAGUUUCUUCCCGAUGCUGCAGUCGGAGGUGAGCUGAUGCUUUUCGAGUAUGUGGAUAUCUUUUGGUAAAAGAUUAUUGGAACUUGUAAAACUUGAAUGUGAUGAUACAUAUACAAGUGCAAAAAGAUUUUAGAUUAUUUUUGUUUUAGUUUUUGUAUGCAAAACUUGAUAGGUGUAUGUAUACCCAGUUAUAUUGACUUGUAGUAUGAGAAAGAGCUGGGCUGUGUUGGUUUUUUCACGUGACUAUCAACAAAAAUAGACAUUCUUGUGCAGGAAACUGGAUCAAUAAAUCUGUUAUUUCAAUUACAUAAAUGUUGAAUUGUUGUAAUCAGUUUUAACUUCAUUGUUGUCGAACUGCG